AGCCUUUUACAUCCCCAACCAAACGCGUUCUCUAAACGCCAUCUCCAUCGUCUCUUCCUCCCCCACUUCACUGUUUGCCGAUUCACCCAGAAAUUCAAAGAAACAAAGCUCCGGCACCGACUUCGAUUCUGCAGAAACCGAUGGCUGAUCCAGAACUAGAAGCUAUCAGGCAAAGAAGAAUGCAGGAGCUAAUGGCUCAACAUGGUGGUGGUGGAAGUCAGCAAAACCCUGAUCAACAAAAAGCUCAAGAUGAAGCAAAAAGCGAGGCAGAUGAACGGAGGCAGAUGAUGCUUAGUCAGAUAUUGUCAUCUGAAGCACGUGAAAGACUUGCUCGUAUAGCAUUAGUGAAACCCGAGAAGUCUCGAGGAGUGGAAGAUGUUAUACUAAGAGCUGCCCAAAUGGGGCAAAUUGCUGAGAAGGUUUCUGAAGAAAGGCUGAUUUCAUUGUUGGAACAAAUCAACACCCAAACUACCAAACAGACCAAAGUUACAAUACAAAGGCGAAGGAGUGUGCUUGAUGAUGAUGAUUAGUUAUUCAUCCAUUCGAAUUUGGUGGCAUGUUUUGGUGGUUGAUAUUGACUAAAUUACCCUUUUGUUGAAACAAAAUUCAUGUAAUUCUCCUUAUUCCUCUUGUUUAAAGAGCAUGUGAUAUGUGUACUAAAUAUGACCUAAGUUGGGUACGUUUGAGAAUCCUUCAUCAACCGCUUAUUAUUUGUUAACCAUUUGUUAAUCUAUUGUACUAUUGGAAUUA